AUGUCUGAACUUAAACCUGUAUUCUCACCCAUAUUCCCCACAGAACAGCCUAUAGACGUCUCUGAGGAUGCUACUCCACUGGCACAAACAGGCUCUAUACGUCUUUUUAUACAAUUGGCGGAACCGGUCGUCUUUCUCCAAGGGUUUGAACCAACUGCCUGGGAGGGGAAACCACCAAGUAUGCUGAGAGGUUCUCUUAUUGUUAGAGUAUUAAAGCCCAGCAAGAUCAAGAAGAUUACUUUGAACUUGAGGGGUUACACUAGGACGGAAUGGCCUGAGGGAAUACCACCAAAGAAAGACGAAUAUGUAGAGAUUAACGAUGUCGUCAAUCAUACUUGGCCAUUCUAUCACUCCGUCGAUAAUAAAAAGGGAAAACCAACGUUAAAAUCCAAGGAUCCCAAUGGAUAUCUACUGAGAGAGAGUUGUGCAUCCAUGUACAAGGCCCCUAGUACGUCAAGUAAACAUCACCAUCAUCAUAACCAUAAUCAAUCCCCAGCGAGAUCAACAAAGAAUACUCCGUUGUCACCAAACUCAAAUGACUUGAUCUCCACAUUUAGUCUAUCCGCUUCUCCUACCACGAGAGGGUUUGAUAAGAUACUAGAAGAUAACGAUAAGAUCGAUGCUUUGAGUUUAAAUAGUAUAUCCCCCAUGUCCAGUCCCAAAAUGAACCCUAUAAAUGACUCAAAUCCUAAGGUACACUCACCUCCUAUCGCCAAAUCAUCAUUUAUAUCUGAUCUAUUUGGAGUUGGUGGUGGUACGGGAGCCACAUCACCUGGACCAGGGCUUAUCAACACAAGUGAUGUUUUCAUCUUCGAGCCAGGGGACUACAUUUACACUUUCGAACAACCUAUACCACAAUCAUACCCAGAAUCGUUACGUUCGCAUUUUGGAUUCGUCAAUUAUCAAUUAUUAGCCACUGUAGAGAGAUAUGGUGUAUUCAAAUCCAAUAUCACCGCUAAGCAUAACGUCAAAUUGGUAAGAAUGCCAUCCACAGAUUCAGUGGAAGAAACUGAACCGAUCGCUAUUUCAAAAGAUUGGAAGGAUCAAUUACAUUAUGAUAUCGUCGUUGCAUCCAAAGAUAUCGUCCUAGAUGCAUUCUUACCCAUUGCAUUCCAACUGACUCCAUUGGAUAAAGUCACUUUACAUAGAAUAAGGAUUUAUUUGACUGAAUCAAUGGAAUAUUAUUGUAGACAUAAGCAAGUUCAUAGAAUGGAACCUACACGGAAAUUCCUAUUGGCCGAACAUAAUGGGCCCAUAUUAGAUUCCAUGCCACCCAAUAUGAAGACACCCAAAGCCAAAUAUUUGGGUAAUUUAUUAGUGGACCCUACAAAUGGUGACUUGGUAAACAAGAAUUUCGAAUAUCAAGUGUUUAUUCCCUCUAAAUUGGAAAAUGGUGAAAGAUUACAUCCAGAUACCGGGUUUGAAAACAUUCAAUCUAAUCAUUGGAUCAAUUUAUGCUUGAGAUUGUCACAAGUCAUUGAUGGUGUGAGAAGACAUUUUGAAGUUAAUAUUGAUUCGCCAAUUCAUGUCCUGAAUAAACUAUGCUCGCAUGCAAACACUUUAUUACCCAGUUAUGCCACAAAUGAUGUGGCAGAUAAAAUGGAUUUAACACGUGCAAGUUCGGACAGAACCAUUAAUUUUGGGAACGUUAAUAAUGAAGAUGUUAAUUUAUAUCAUAAUUCAAAUAUUUUUUUCCCCAAAGAUAUCAUACUGUCUCCAAUGUUGUCCCCCAAUGUACAAACUAUGGAUGUUAAGUUCCCAAUACCGUCUGGAUUUCUAAGUCCCAGACAUGGUCCACAGGAUAAUCCAAAUAAUAAUAAGCUAACUGUAUUAAAUUCACCAAAAUUAAAGGCAAAUAUUUACAAGCCAGCAAAUUUAAAUAGGGAGUUAACUUAUUCACAAGCCAUGCCCUUAUCUCCCAUAUCUUCUCCAAGAAUGAAACACAUGACAGAUAGUAGUAAUGAUGAAGUUCCACCACCAUUCACAUCUGUGACACCUACACGGUCAACUCAUACAUUAUCUGACCCUCCAACAUAUGCGGAGGCAACAAGCACCAGCAAUAACAACAACAAUAAUAGUAAUGAAACUACUGCUUCUUCUAAUUCAUCUAUGACUAUCCCUGAGUUUGAACUGAACAGAUCAUUAGUACCUUCCAACUCAGAUUCCGUUUCAGGCUCUAUGAGAAGAAUACCGACAGUGGCUAGGGAUUAUAGCAAUCAGUCCGUGCCUUCCAACAAUGAAAAUACACAGGAAGAUAAUGAAGAUGCUGAUAUGGCAUCAGGCUAUCAAUUUGAUUCUAAUCCCAGAUUACACUCAAAUCGCAAAUCUGUCAGUUCACAAGGACCCAUUUUGAAUUCAUUAAGGAAUGGAAUACCGAAUACGGAGACGUAUGCUAAGAGACGUAACAAUAGUCUUCCGAUGGCUCUCCCAUCAACGGUAAGAAAUAAUAACCAAAUGUUUAGUGAUUUGUCUCAAGUAUUAAGUGGGGACAGUGCAAAUACGCAAUUGGAAUCCAUGUCAUCGCAACAUAGCUCCAUUAUUGGUCGCAGCCCGCGAUCUUCCCUUGAUAGUACUACAAAUCAAAUACUAUCGAGAGAUCCAGCGUAUAUGGAACCAUUACUUCAUUCCGAAACUAGGCAAGACCAUUCCAUGGAUGAAGGUGGAUACCAAUCGUUAGAUUCAGUGACAAAUUUGGCCGAACAACCUACGGAUACAUCAGUUGACAUAACAGCGCUUUAUGACCCAAAUUCUGUGGCAUGGCAUCCACUGCAAAACUUGUCAGAUGGACCCAUCCUAUCUCCUCCUGGAAGCCCUCGAUACACAGCAAGCCUUAAUACAAAUUCCCAAAUUAUUGAUGAUUUUAAAGAAACUUUCCAUAGUAGCAUUUAA